CUUUAGGUCAAUAAAACAAAUAAUUCUUCAACUAAAUCAAAUGUCUAUUCAUUUUGGCGACAAUAUCUUGACGCUUUGAUUAAAUACUAAGCUCUCAUCUUGCAAUCCAUGUCCUGACCAGAAAUCUUGUAAUUAUGAUUUUGUUGUACCUUAAUCUGUUUGCCUAAUCUUCCUCUCUUUUUUCCAGUCUGACAUGAACAUGACAUCUGGAGGAGUGGAAAGAUGGUUUUAAGAUUUAUGUAAGAAGGUUUAGAGCCAGCACUGACUGAUGCACUUGAGAUGGGGAGGAGUUAGGGAGGGUGUGGAGGCUGGUGGUGGUAGUGCCUGCCCGGGCGCACAGUUACCCCUAAAUCCAGCAGGGCCAAAUCCAACAGGACGUCCUCUCUCUGACGUGCAGCGGGGGUGCCGUAUGAGCAGAGGGAGGGUGGGGGGUCGUACAGCAGGCACUACUUUAAAAGCCCCCUCUGAAGAUGCUCUCAAACCACUGAGCAAGCGGUCUUACUGCUGGCGUGUAUCUUGUGCGCAUGGUUACCAUCAUCCCUCAUAGUUUGAAUUUUACAACUUUUCCAAACACAGGAGACGCGAUAAAUUUGGGAAGAAGUCGGACUGCGUGUAAUUUUGACCAUCUUUUGGACUGGACCGACCAAUGUGGCUUCUUGGAUCACCCUCCCAAGUCAUGAUGAUGGAUGAGCGCAUGUCUCCCUCCGCACGCUCCGUCCAGAGCCCCGGGAACAACCCGUCCACAGUCCACAGCAUAGAGGCGAUCCUGGGUUUUAAAGAGGACACCAUCUUCCAUAAAUCAGCCUCCUACAGCAUGACGGAAAAAGUUCUGGUCAAAGAUGCUGAGCGCAACGGGAAUGUAAUUGUGACUCCAAUGAAGAAAAGUCAUUACUCUGAAAGUUUUGACAGUGUGUGUUGCGCCAGCAGCACCGCUGAAGCCUCGGUGUGCCCGGACUCCCCUGACAGAGACGGCAAACUGUCCGACGACGAAAACCCAAAGAAGAAACACCGUCGGAACCGAACCACGUUCACCACCUUCCAGCUCCACGAACUGGAACGAGCUUUCGAGAAGUCCCAUUACCCGGACGUGUACAGCAGGGAGGAGCUGGCGCUGAAAGUCAACCUGCCGGAGGUCCGAGUGCAGGUGUGGUUUCAAAACCGACGGGCCAAGUGGCGUCGGCAGGAGAAGCUGGAGGUGAGUUCCAUCAAGCUCCAGGACACCUCUUCUCUGCUCUCCUUCAGCCGCUCUCCGCAGCUGGACCCCUGGCUCUCCACUCCGAUCACCACCUCCACCUCCCUGCAGUCCCUCCCGGGCUUCAUCGGUGGCUCGCAGGGCCUCCCGGGCACUUACACCCCUUCUCCUCCCCCGUCCAUGCCUUCUUCCUUGCCGGCGUCCUUCCUCAACUCCCCAGCCCUGGGACACAGCCCUCAUCUACCCCACAUCGGCUCCAUGUGCCCCCCACCUCCGGCAUACCAGUGCUCUGCAGAUCCAAGGAACUCCAGUAUUGCCUCACUGAGGAUGAAGGCUAAGGAACACAUUCAGUCUAUUGGGAAGACGUGGUGAUCUCUGAGUUGAGGUCAAACAGACAUCAAGAACCAGAAUGCAUCUGUUGCAUCUUUUUGAAAAACUGACAUCAUCCUCUUGAGGAUGGGAUUGCAUUAUUUUGGAAGUUUUAAAAAAGGUGACAAGUGCAGGUGACAUCCAGGACUAGAGAUGUCCUCAUCACUUGGACAUGACCUUCUGAAAAGCAUUGACACUAACUGUGAAACUACUGUAAAAUACAGAACUACUGAUGAGUCAUAGUUUUCUUGUGUUUUUCCUCUUCUUUUAAUCUUCUCUGCAAACUUUGACUGUAAAGAUUUAUGUUCAUUCAGACCAGUGUUAUGUUGCCAAUAUAACAAAGACAGACCCAAUUUCUACCCAUCAGUAUGUAUUUAUUCCACUGUUGUAAAUGGAGUACUCCUCAUUUUGAUUUUGGACCCAAGUUCUUGGUUUUCACUAUAAAAGAUUUAUCGAAUGUGAAUAUUUUCUCUAUACAAUAAACUUUAUAUGUAAAAUCAACAAAGAAAAUAAUGACUAAUCAAGUUUUCCCAGAAUAUGUGCCACUUUUGAGACAUGCAGAUUGGUCAAUUGUCUGGAAUGGCUGAUAAACAAGGAAAUAUACAGUAGAGUAGCAUUUAUGAGCUGGAGUUGUUCUACCAAUCACAUUUAUGUAAAAAUAUGUACAGCAACAUUAUCACAUUGUAGACAGAAGGUACAGUAGAUGGAAAUUCAGCAGACUUAAAUGUGGAGAAUUCUGAAUAUAGCACCCCUUAGUGGUGGAUGACUAUCAGGCUGGGGAAAAGUAUUCAUAAAGACAAAUAAAACAAAUUCCACAUUAAAUGCAAAGCACGUGAUGCAAAGAAGCCUGUCGAAGUUUUCAGUUUUGAAAGAGAUAUUUUUUGCAUUUUUUGUCUAAAGCCCUGCUGCAGAUUUUUAUGUAUCGCGUUUUCAUGACUGACUGAGGUGUUAUGGGCUCAAACAGGUCCAUCCAGCCAACUGUAAAUCGGACUGCGGAUUAAAAAAAAAAAAAAAAAAAAUCAGAAUCUUUACAGUACAAAAUUGCGUACCAACUUACCAUUUACCAUUUAAUUUAAAGCAGCGUUAACAAACAUAGAGGAUGUGUCCCAGACUCGCUCUCUCUGUUUAAGGGAAUGAGUUUGUCAACCCACUUAUUCAUCCUCAUUAACUCCUGUAAACUUUAUCCCAUUCGCUCCUGGGAUUAGACUCAUAAUGAUGGGGUGAAAGUGGCUUGUACCUCUAUUGUUUGCCAAUCAUCCGUGACAAAUGAGGGAAGAGAAAGCUGUCCUUUGGCUUUAAGGGAAAGAUGUGUGUUACCAAACUGUUUCAAUUAGCAUUUCCUAUUGUCUACAACCCCUGAGGGCUAAUAAUAGCCCCCAUCAUCAUCUAUCCUACUGUCCUAAAUACACACUGGAGUUUGUGUAUCUGGGAUGUGUGUGUCGUAGUGUGUGUGUUUCUUCCCUCUGAAGAGAAAAAGCAGCAUCAGAGCUAAUUGAAUUGACCAUAGACUUAUUUUCGUGAUCUGUAAUUAUGAUCAUGUUAACCCUUCCUAUGAUGCUCAAAAUGUUACACGGAAACUAGAUGCUCUUAAAACGAACAUUUUGCGCCAUCUGGUGGUGUAAACAAGAGCAUGACAUACACUCAGACAACAACCGUGACUGUGACCUGUG